AUGAAGAAAAUUGCUGCCGCAUGUGACGCCUCUACGCCACGGCUGAAAAAUCAGAGUUUCCACAGGCCGGCGUACUGGUGGUCAGUAGACAUAGCAGAACUUCGCAAAAUAUGCCAUCAGCUACGUCGCCGAGCAACGAGAGCCGCGAAACGCUCCCCAAGCCAGGACUUGUAUUUAAAAGAGUACAAGCAGGCCAAAAAGACGCUAAACCGAGCCAUCAAAGCAAGUAAAGCGAAGUUGUGGAAAGAGAUCUGCGACGAUCUCGACAAUGACAUCUGGAGUAAAGCCUACCAAAUUGUCGUCAAACGACUUGGAAAGGUUUCACCAGAGGCGCUGAAGUCUCCUGCCUUGAUGGACAAUGCCUCAGCAUUGUAG